AUGUCUACAAGACAACAACAGCAACAUCAUUCACCUGUUGGCCACCAAACACUGUCUAAGGUUGGCAAAGAUAAAAUCGUUACCAGCACUCCAAAAGGUCGCAAACAGGCGAAAAAUACGGGCAGAUCCAAUGAAAUAAGCGACCGGUAUAUCCCAAAGAUGACUUCUGGAAUCGCUUUCAAAUCUACCCAUAGACUGAAAUCUCUGGAAACCUCGAUUGCGCGUCCGUCCGAAAGCACUUUGACAAUGGAGUCACCAUCACGAUUGGGCAUGUCGGCCUUUUUCCAAGACUAUAGAUCAACAAUUCAUUAUAACUCAAUUACCUCCGAAUCCUCAGUUGCAACCCCCAGCACUCAGGGCGAGAAAGCUGAGAUUCAGAAACUUUCCGAUUGUGAAAAGCUUUAUCGGCAACACGUAGCUGAUUCACUGGGUUUGAACUCGCAACGUCGAGUUUACCACUUUUUAGCCGCCGACGUGCACACUGCAAACACACCUGCUUUCAAUAAAAAAAAUUCAGCGGAACUCUACGUUCCGAACAACCUCAAAGUCGAUCCCUUACUCUCUGUACUGGCACCCAACCAAGUUCUCUCUUACUUAGUUGCUCAAAGUUUUUCGAAAAGUCUUAAAACCAGAAGCCUUGUGCCCAUAGCCCCCAGGCCCAAAAAAAAACCAAAAUCUCAUGUUCCAUACCGUGUGCUUGAUGCUCCUUCUCUUCGCAAUGACUUUUACUGUAACCUGGUAUCCUGGUCAAAGAAAACGGAUAAUAUCGCCGUAGGUCUAGGAUGUGCGGUUUACUUGUGGUCAAACACAAGAGGAGCCGCAAAUGUACUUCACUACUCCUAUUUGCAAUCACGAGAAGACUAUGUGACUUGUGUGUCCUUUUCACCGUUCGACCAGCACCUCGCCGUCGGUACAAAACAGGGGCGAAUACUGAUUUUUGACCAGCUUGAAGAGGAGGAGUCAGGCUUGGAAGCUGAUAAACCGAAAUGGGUAGGAGCAGACAGUUCAAUUUCCGGGAUAUGCUGUGUUGAGUGGAUUUACAGGGACGGGAGCACCUUUCUGUUGCUUGGUCAAGAGAAUGGAGCUGUACAUGUCGUUGAACUCAACGAACGUCCCGACCAUCUUUCAAGGGUCUCUGAAACCGGCCAGAAAUUCGAACCCAAGCAAGCAACCGAUUCUUCUUUAAGCUUAAUUGAAGGUACCACCGUUCGCGACUGGAAUUCAAUGGAUUUUAAAAAACGGCUGGGAAUGCCGCCAGGCAACAAUUCGGUGCUCAAGACCGUGGCAAAGCUAAAAGCCCAAAGCCAGCAAGUUUGCGGUCUUUCUUCGAAUAAGAAUGGCACACAGUUGGCCGUUGGUGGGAACGACAAUUCGUGCACAAUCUGGGAUAUUUCCGUAUUUUCGUCUGCCAGGCUUCAAUUCGUGCUUCCGCACAAAGCAGCUGUGAAAGCUGUAGCUUUCUGUCCCUGGUCUCAGUCACUUUUAGCGACUGGAGCGGGCAGUAAAGACCGGAAAAUCAGAUUCUGGCACACCAAGUCCGGAACUCUACUCAGUGAGACGAAGGCCCCAGGUCAAAUAACUUCACUAAUAUGGUCACUCAGACAAAAACAAAUCGUUGCUACAUUCGGGUUUGGAGAUGCAGAAAAACCAACUUUGGUGUCAGUGUACUCUUACCCAUCCAUGGAACCGACCUUGGAAGUUCACUCAGCGACAGCGCUUCGCGUCCUGAGUGCUGUUCCUUCACCUGAAUCCGGGUCUAUAUGUGUUGCUACAAAUGACGAGACAGUUAGGUUCUACGAGCUCUGGGACGUCAAAGACUGCACCAUUUUUGAAGCUCAAGAGAAAGGUAUCUAUGGAAGCGAUCUUAUUGAGUACACCGAAGGAAUACAGAACAAUCAUAAACUGCUAAGGUGA